GUCAGACUCACUUUAAAGCCGUGGUCCAGUCAGCACAGAUGUCUGCACCUGCCAAACCGAGCAGAGAGCCCGAGCAGAGCGGAGGGAGGGCGCAGGGGCAGAGGGGCGCACACACACACACAGGCGGCCGCGGAGACACAGAAAUGGCGCCUCGAUGCUGCGCUCUCUGAACACAGUGUUUGGAGCCGGCUCGGGACAUAUUCUAGAGGAUUAAACACAGGUUAAAACAUGGUGAACACACGGAGCUCACAGCCGAGGAGCGACCCCUUCAUCUCCUCCAGGACUCGCUCGUCGUCGCAGAGGAAAGAUGAUCAUAAGGAGCCCAGUAGUGACAUGAGCACUCCCAGCAGCCCGCGCUCCCCUCCUUCGAAGAGGACACGAGAGGCCAGUUCUAGUGACCUCUCUCCUUCUCCUCGGACCAGGGGCCAGAGGAUCAGCUGGAGCAUCCCCCCCCAUCGCACCAGGUUGUCUUCUCGUGGAGUGCAAAAUGGGCACGCCUACAUGAGUCUCCGCAGCAGUGACCGUGGGAAGGGGGAGCACUCUCACAUGAACAACCAUGUGGAGCUGAAGAGGAGCUGCCGAGUGAGGAAGAGCCAGUUUGAACAUCUCAACCAGAGCCUGCUGUUCGACCAGCUGGUCAACAGUACUGCUGAAGCUGUCCUCCAGGAAAUGGACAACAUCAGCAACAUUCGACAUUCGAGUCGGGAGGUGGAACAACUUCGCAUGUGGAACGGAGACACGGAGGAAGAAAAUAUGGACAUGUAUUCUCGGGUGAAACGCAGGAAGUCGAUGCGGCGGAGUACAUACGUUCCCGCUCAUCACAAAUCCAUGAGCAAAGCAAAUCAAGAAGAGGAGGAUGAUGAUGAUGAUGAUGGUACUGAAGAGUCUCAAGAGGAAGAGGAGGAAGACGCCGAGGAUGACGAUGAAGAUGAUGAGGAUGAUGAAGGAGAUGAAGCAGAGGAGGCCGGAGAAGAGAACGACCGACCGUACAAUUUAAGGCAACGCAAAACUGUGCAGAGAUAUCAGGCACCACCCAUCGUGCCUGCCAACCGCAAACAAAGCAAUCCCUCACUUUUUGAUACUCACCGAUCUCCAGCCAGAAUAAGCCAUAUAAGAGUGAAGAAACACGCCAUCCACAGUAGUGACACCACGUCUUCAUCAGACGAGGAGCGCUUCGAGAGGAGGAAGAGCAAGAGCAUGACUCGAGCCAGGAACAGAUGUUUGCCCAUGAAUUUGACUGCAGAAGAUUUGGCCAGUGGAGUUCUGCGAGAUCGAGCCAAGGUUGGGGCAAGUUUGGCAGAUGUGGACCCCAUGAACCUUGACACUACGGUGAAGUUUGACAAUGUGGGCGGUCUCAGGGAUCACAUUCAGUCACUUAAGGAGAUGGUGGUGUUCCCGCUGCUUUACCCAGAAGUGUUUGAGAAGUUCAAAAUUCAGCCGCCCAGGGGCUGUUUGUUCUAUGGUCCCCCAGGAACAGGAAAGACCCUGGUAGCUCGAGCUCUAGCCAACGAGUGUAGCCAAGGCGACCGGAAGGUUUCUUUUUUCAUGAGGAAAGGAGCAGACUGUCUCAGCAAGUGGGUUGGCGAAUCUGAGCGCCAGCUACGGUUACUGUUUGAUCAGGCGUAUCUGAUGAGGCCGUCUAUUAUCUUUUUUGAUGAAAUUGAUGGUUUGGCUCCAGUGCGUUCGAGCAGACAAGACCAGAUACACAGUUCUAUAGUGUCCACGCUGCUGGCUCUGAUGGAUGGUCUCGACAGCAGAGGGGAGAUAGUCGUCAUUGGUGCUACAAACAGACUUGACUCUAUCGACCCAGCGCUCAGGAGGCCCGGACGCUUCGACCGCGAGUUUCUCUUUAACCUGCCCGACAAGAAGGCCCGAAAGCACAUUUUGCAGAUCCACACACGGGACUGGAAUCCCAAACUAUCUGAGCCAUUUAUAGAUGAACUCGCAGAAAAAUGUGUCGGCUACUGUGGGGCAGACAUUAAAGCACUUUGCACCGAGGCCGCCCUGGUGGCCUUACGUCGCCGUUACCCUCAGAUCUACGGCAGCAGCGUCAAACUGCAGCUGGACAUCUCCUCCAUCGUCCUGGCCUCGGGAGACUUCAGCAGAGCCAUGAGGAACAUCGUCCCGGCCUCACAGCGAGCGCUGGCCCCUGCGGGACGAGCCCUGUCUCCAGCACUGCGCCCUCUCCUGGCUAACUCCUUCUCUAUGGUGCUCAAAGCUCUGCUCCGAGUCUUCCCUCACGCUCAAUCUCCUGAUAGGGACAACACAUACGGCGUUGACAAUCAUCUGCUUGAAGAGGACUUGUACAGCGAUGAAGACAAUGAAGGCUCCACUUCCAUUUAUGAUCUCCAGCCUGCUCCAAACAGUCCACUCUCCUCCUCUGCAGCACACAGACCCUUUCUACACUUCUCCACCUCAGCACUCCAGCGCCCCACAGCGUACCGCCCUCGUCUGCUGCUCACAGGCGCCUCAGGUUCAGGACAGAGCUCUCACUUGGCCCCCGCCCUUCUGCACCACCUUGACAAACUCCCAGUGCACCGGCUGGACCUGCCCACCCUUUACUCCGUCAGCGCCAAGACCCCCGAGGAGUCCUGCGCUCAGGUUUUUCGGGAGGCGUGCCGCUGCGUUCCCAGUGUAGUGUUCAUGCCUCACAUCUCAGAGUGGUGGGAAGCCGUGAGCGACACUGUGAGAAGCACGUUCUUGUCUCUGCUGCAGGACGUCCCAUCGUUCAGCCCCGUCCUGGUCCUGGCCACUGUGGACUCCCACUACUCCCAGCUGUCUGACGAGGUGAGGAGCAUGUUCCAGCGUUCCUAUGGAGAGGUGGUGACACUGAGCCCGCCGGGAGAGGAGGAUCGGAGGAAGUUUUUCUCUGACCUUUUGCUGGUGCAGGCCGCCCGGGCCCCCCCACGCCUGCGUAACCGAGAGCGGUUUAAGGAGGUGCUGCCGGUGGCCCCGGCCCCUGGCCCUCGGGUGCUGUCUGCGGAGGAGCAGCGGCGUCUCUUUGAGCAGGAGGAGAACACACUGCGCGAGCUCCGCCUUUUUCUCAGGGAUGUGACCAAACGCUUGGCCACAGACAAGAGAUUCAACAUCUUUAGCAAACCUGUCGAUAUCGAGGAGGUGUCGGACUACCUGGAGGUGAUCCGGAAACCCAUGGACCUCUCCACCAUCAUGACUAAGAUCGACAAACACCAGUAUCUGACAGCCAAGGACUUCCUGAGGGACGUGGAUCUCAUCUGCAGCAAUGCUUUAGAAUACAACCCCGACAAAGACCCUAGUGACAAGGUGAUCAGACAUCGGGCGAGCAGCUUUAAAGACACGGCACAUGCUAUUUUUGCCGCGGAGUUGGAUCCCGAGUUCGACCGCAUGUGUGAGGAGAUUAAAGAGGCGCGGAGGAAAAGAGACUUCCAGACGCAGCCCGAGCCAACCCCAUCCACCGGCGCCGUAGCAACCAGGAAGCAGCCCCCAUCGGGAGAAGAACCAGCCAAGAGCAGCACUCAGGGCGAGGCCACCUACAAACAGGCCACCUCCAAUUAUAUAAAACGUAAGAUGCGGCGGCGGUCAUGUUGGGGUCGAGGAAUCAUCCGCAGAAAGAAAUACUACGUGAAGAGUAAAUACCAGGGAACAGAGGCUGAAGAGGAGGAAGAGGAGGAGCAUGAAGGCCUACACGAAGGAGAGGGCGAAGGAGAGGGCGAAGGCGACACGUCAUGUCUCACUCUGGACGAAGAAUCUUCUUGUGACACUAUGGGCCCUCAAACCAACGGACACUUACCCCACCUCCCCUCCACGGAAGAGGAGAGCUCCAACGAACCGCCCGAGAACGAAUCCACAGCCAAAGACAAUUCCGAUAAAGUCCCACGAUGUCCCGAUGUUGAAGCCAAACCCGAGAGAAAUAAACGGCCCUCUAUAGAAAUAUCAGAAUCUUCAGACACAGAACCACCGCCCAAGCACAUAGACGGUUUGCUAGUGUCAAGAGUCGAGUGCGUCAAUGGGAACGAGUCCAUGGAUAGCUUGGAUUCGCACAGCCUUCUGAGCAGCAGCGAGACGGGGGGGAGUCGGACCACUUUGGACAAUGGCCCCGCUAAACCUGAAACUGAAGAGCACAACAGCCAGCCUACUCAGGAGCAACCUCCCCAAGAAGAAACGACCAUCACAGAAAGUGUAGAAGAUGAGACGAGUAAAGAAGAGUGUUUGAAAACAGAGAAAUGCCAGAGCAGCCAAUCGGAGCAGCUAAAGGCGUCUGAAGAUGUCGUAGAAAAGGAGUGUCCACCUGUCCCCGCCCAGCCCCCCGUUAUAGUGGACCACCAGCGACUACUGGUCUUACUGGACUUGGUGGUAAAGAAGAGCCAUGGCUUCAGUGUGGAGCAGUUGGAGCGGCUGUACUCGGUGCUCAGUCAGAGCAUCUACCUGCAUCGCCACGAUUACGACAAGACACGGCUACUGGAGGACAUGGAAUCCCGAAUCCAGUAUUUUGAUACAUUCCUGUGACAGACUUUGGAUCAGGGGAAGCUUGGGACCACGCCUCAUACUCCCAAAAACAUCAGCUGCCUCCUCUGGUUUCCAUGACAACAAGGCAAAUCUCAACAAGAAGAGACAUUUUAACGGUGCUAGCUAUCGUCUCAGGAACUUAGCCAGACCACACUCUACGCUACCAUACGAAACAACAAAACCAAACUCCUAAUGGUUCCUACGGAUGGUUCCUCGCAAUGCUUCACCCCUGGUGCUUAAACGGGUGCUAACUUUCUUACUCCAUGCUGCUCUUGGGACUACUAUGAAGACAAAAAAAACUAAAAUUCAAAGGCGUAUUACGUAACUUUUCUGGCGUUCGGUCUAUCACUUGCUUGGAGAUGUUACCGCUUUGCCUGGAAUGUUCCAAAGUAUGGCAUUUAUUGUAUUUAUCUUGUAUGUUUUCAAGUACGAAUGUUUUAAUUGCGCAAAAGAACCUUCGAAAACAUGCAUUCUUACUGCGAGCGGGAUUGCCUCUCCACAGAUCUGACCUGUAACUUGAUGGUGUCGCCUCCUCGUUUCCACUGAGAUAAGUUUAAAGGCUGUUAAAAUUGAAAAAAUACAUCUUAUAACAGACGCAAAAUAAUCUCAACCACUCAAAUAAUCAUUGGUUGCAGCCCUAAUACAUUUAAUGCCAUACUGUGAAACAUUCUAACAUCUCCACGGAGACGAGCACGUGGUUGACCCAUAGACUUUACAUAUAAAUGGACAUAGCUAACCCGCUAGCUGCCGCGUUUGACCUAGGAAAUUAGCACGAGCACGUUGCUAAACCAGCGUCGCGUUACCUUCAAAAGCCUCGCUCCCGAUUGGCUCUUUGGUUGCUAUGAUACACGGGGUCGGAAAUCCAAAUAUGGAGCCGUGAAGCCCGUAUAACUGCUGGUUUCGAUGAGUUUCGUUUACUUGAAGCCGAACGCUACGGGCGACGUCGCACUCACUUAGUCCGCGUCUUUAUACGAGUCUACGGAUCUACGGGUUGACCCUUCGCCAGAAAAGUUCCGCAGUGCACCUUUUUAAACUAGCAUUAAACCAACAGACCGAGUGAAGAUGUCAUAUCAGCUGCUCAUGAAACAUCUCUUUUUAUGUGCGAUCCAUGUAUUGUAAAGUUCACAAAUGGUGCAUCGAAAACCACUCAGAUCCUCACCAGCAGAACCUAUGGGCACAGAUAAAACUACAAAAAAAAAAAACUACAGUAGAAACGGAAAAAAAUCUCACUUUUAGGCCAAUUUCAACGUUUUUUAAAAUAGUAGUAGCUGGAAUUUCUACUCACCCAGGGCUAGAGUUGAUAAGGUUUAGACAAAUGGGUGUGGCUUAGAAGAUGGAGGGAGGUGGUUUCUUAAAGGGAUAGUCCGGGAUUUUGUGAAGUAAAUGACGAAAUUUGGUGAAGUAGACAAGAGCAA